AUGGUGCAGCUGCCAGCGAGAUUGCUGAGCCCCCCUGACCUUCUUGGAGUCAUGGCCAGCGAUUUGUCCUGCAAUGAUCUUCUUGGAAUGCUCCGGUAUCUAAAGUCUACCGCUCGUGAAAUAUCGCUCCCUGUUGACAGUUCAAUAAUCAGGCUCAAGGUCGUUGACGAGCACCAGACGGUAAACAAGGAUGAAUCUGAGGCAAAAGAGCACGGCUGA